AUGACUGACAAGUUCGAAAUUAGUAUGAUGGGAGAAUUGAAUUUCUUCUUAGGUCUUCAGGUUCGACAUAUUGAAGGAGGAACAUUCAUAAAUCAGGCCAAGUACACGAAAGAAUUAUUAAAGAAAUUUGGAAUGAAAAGCUAUUCCGCUGACUUAACCCCGAUGAGAUCCUCGAUCAAACUAGAAAAGGAUGAAGAUGGUAAAAGUGUUGACAUCACAGCAUAUCGUGGAAUCAUUGGAUCUCUUUUAUACAUAACAGCAAGUCAACCGGACAUUCUAUUUGCAGUUGGAGUAUGCGGAAGAUUUCAGGCUAAUCCAAAACAGGCUCAUUACACCGCUGCUAAAAUAAUAUUAAAAUAUCUUAAGGAAACUCAAGAUUUGGGACUGUGCAAGAAGCAGACAUCCGUUGCAACUUCAACUGCUGAAGCUGAGUACCUUGCAGCUGGCAGUUUCUAUGCUCAACUCCUCUAG